AAUAGUCGUAGUCGAGAUUGCGACUUGACUUAGGGUCCUUUUGAGGACAUUGUUAUUUGGUUCAUUUUUUUAAUCAAUACUGUGACGUUUCAUCCGGAUUGCAGAUAAAAAAGGUAAUUAAAAAUGAGUUACACUGCGGAAAACGUGGUGCAAAGCAGCACAUGGACUGCUACCAACAUGUUCUACAUGCUGCUAGUCCCAGCAGUAGUCCUGUGGUAUGCGUACUGGAAGAUAUCUAGGAGACACAUGUACGAGCUAGCUGCUAAGCUCAAUGGACCACCGGGCCUACCACUCAUAGGCAACGCGCUCGACUUCACUGGAGGCUCAGCUGAUAUCUUCAGAAAUAUUGUAUCGAAGAGUAAUAACUUCGAUAAGGAAGCUGUCGUGAAGAUCUGGAUCGGCCCCAGGCUAUUGGUGUUCCUGUACGACCCUCGAGAUGUUGAGCUGAUCCUCAGCAGUCAUGUCUACAUCGACAAAGCUGAUGAGUACAGAUUCUUCAAGCCUUGGCUCGGAGAUGGUCUUCUCAUCAGUACUGGUCAGAAAUGGAGAUCCCAUCGUAAACUCAUCGCUCCCACUUUCCACUUGAACGUUUUGAAGAGCUUCAUAGACUUAUUCAACGCCAACUCUAAAGCCGUUGUCGACAAACUAAAGAAGGAGAGUGGUUCCUUCGACUGUCAUGACUACAUGAGCGAGUGCACUGUCGAAAUCCUACUAGAAACCGCUAUGGGCGUUAGCAAGAGCACCCAAGAUCAGAGCGGUUUCGAAUAUGCCAUGGCUGUGAUGAAGAUGUGUGAUAUCCUUCACUUGAGACACACCAAGAUCUGGCUGCGACCUGAAUUCCUGUUCAGCUUUACACAGUACGCUAAGAAACAAACUAAACUCCUUGACAUCAUCCACGGAUUAACCAAGAAGGUUAUCAAGAGGAAGAAAGAGGAAUUCAAAUCUGGCAAAAAGCCAUCUGUUUUGUCAGAGCCUGAGACAACAACAUCAACGGAAAUUCCUGCCACUAAGACGACCUCAGUUGAAGGUCUAUCUUUCGGUCAAGCUGCUGGACUUAAAGAUGAUUUAGAUGUCGAUGAUAACGAUGUGGGUCAGAAAAAACGUCUCGCUUUCCUCGACUUACUAUUGGAAAGCUCUCAGAGUGGUGUGGCUAUUUCUGAUGAAGAGAUCAAAGAACAAGUGGACACGAUUAUGUUCGAGGGUCAUGAUACUACUGCUGCAGGCAGUAGCUUCUUCUUAUCCAUGAUGGGUAUUCAUCAGGAUAUUCAGGACAAAGUCAUCGCGGAACUGGACCAGAUCUUUGGAGACUCCGAUCGUCCAGCCACGUUCCAAGAUACACUUGAGAUGAAGUAUCUAGAGAGAUGUUUGAUGGAAACUCUAAGAAUGUACCCACCAGUGCCUAUAAUUGCUCGCCAGCUUAAACAGGAUAUUACCUUGCCGUCUAAUGGUAAACAAGUACCGGCCGGCACUACUGUCAUCAUUGCUACAUACAAACUGCACCGCCGUCCUGACGUCUAUCCGAAUCCAACCAAGUUCGACCCUGACAACUUCCUCCCGGAGAGGUCAGCUAACCGUCACUACUAUGCUUUCGUGCCAUUCUCAGCUGGACCAAGGAGUUGUGUUGGUCGCAAGUACGCCAUGUUGAAACUGAAGAUCAUCCUCUCAACAAUCUUGAGAAACUUCAGGGUUUACUCUGAUCUUAAGGAAUCCGACUUCAAUCUUCAAGCUGAUAUUAUCUUGAAACGCGCCGAAGGAUUCAAAGUGCACUUAAAACCACGAAAAAGGAUGGCUAAAGUUUAAAGCUUACUAAAUAUAUGUAAAUUGUUUUUUUUUACUAAUUAAUAGCUUCAUAAUUUCUUUGAAAUCAUUAAUAUACCUAUUUUCCAUUUUAAAUUUGCCAAAAAUAUAUUAUUAGUGUGAAUUAACAUUAACAAUAAAUUAGUAUUUCUUAUUUCUGUACUACAGAAAACGAAUCAUUACUAUAGCAAAAAUAAUAUAUAUUCGUUAAUCAUCAAAAAUUUUCUGUCAAUUCGUUAGAGCAUUUUUGAUGCCAGCACUGAUUAAUUUAAAUAAUAUAUAAUAUUAAUAAUUGAAAUAAAAUGGUGACAGAAAUGAGAACACGGGUGAUAUCUAUGUUGGUGAAAGUAAUUGAACUUAUUACCCUAAGUGUAAAUAGCUAGUUAAGUUACGCAAUGUGAUUUAUGUUUUGAUUAUGAAAAUAAAUUAAGUUGAAUU